AUGUCGUCUAUAGCCAAAGAUUCCCACUUGUGGGACGAGGAAACCCGACGCGCGGCCCUGGCGAAGCACGAUAAUUCGGAAGCAUAUUCACCCUCGCCCGACGAGCUCGAGUUCCUCAAGAUCCAGACGGGCAUUACGGAUGAAGAACAACUGAAGGCUCGCGUUCAAGAUGUACAGCGUCGUGCGUAUGCGGUUUACCCAUACGUGUGCAUACACCGCUUUGCCUUCACGAGGCUGAAGAUUGCGAAUCACUUCGCUUAUCCCCAGCUACUGGCGUUGCCGAAGUCGCGGCCUCGCGCGAUCUUCCUCGAGGUUGGCUGCUGCUUCGGACAAGAUCUCCGCAAGGCGAUUGCGGAUGGCUAUCCCGCGAAGGAUACGAUCGCAUCGGACUUGCGCCAAGGAUUCUGGGACGUCGGUCUUGAUCUGUUUACCGCGGUCCCUCCUCCGCCUUUCGUACAGGCGGAUGUCUUCGAGUUGAACAAGGAGACGUCUGCGCCUACGCCAGAGCCGCCCGCCGACCUCAGCACCCUAACGAGCCUCACUCCUCUGCGCGCACAUGUUGCCGCCAUUCACGCAUCGUCGGUUUUUCAUCUCUUUGACUUCGAACAGCAAGAGGCUUUUGCGCGCGCACUUGCCAGUCUACUCAGCAACGAACCAGGCAGCAUGAUAUUUGGUGUACACUCGGGACAGCCGGUCAAGAAGACGGUCAAGAGGCUUAUCAACGGGGCUGGGGAACAACAUGCGCAUAGUCCGGAUAGUUGGCGGGAGAUGUGGGAGGGUAUUUAUGGGGAAGGAGUGGUGAAGGUGGAGAGUAGAGCGGUGGAGCGGCCGGACGCGGCGCGCAUCAUGGCAUCGACAGACAAAGUGUAUCACCUUGUCUGGUGCGUUACGAGACUUUAA